AUGCCCAUCUUCCGCACCCUAACCACCAAACUCAAAACCUCCCUCUCUGCCUCCUCCUCCCCAGACACCACACCCGUCCAAUCUCCCAUCUCGCCCCAGGCCUCUUCCCCGCUAUCCUCAUUUGAGCGGCUGAGCGGCCGCAAGCAAGCCUCAGCCAGCACGACGGCCGUCGAUGCCACGGCGGGAGAGCGACCACAGGUGCAAGAGCGAACAGACUCGUUUAUGACGCACCAUGGCACACAGGGCAGCAAAGAGAGUGUUGUGGAGAGGAAGAUGGUGACGAUGACGAUGACGAUGACGAAGCGGACGAGUCGGUUUAGGGAGGAGUUGGAUUUUGAGGCUGAGGAGUGA